CGCCACCGGCCGGCUUGUACGUCAGUAGUCGGUGGGCGGGGUACUAGGAUGGGCGGGGGGAACAGCUGAGAGAAUAGAAUAGGGAAAUUAUUACAGCUUUCUUUUUUAGUAUGUUUUACAUUUUGGCUCCAACAAACUUAAACAAAUUCAUUCUAUUACAUUAGUAUGCUUCGGGGUUGUGUUUUGCUUAUAAAAUUGCACAUACUCAGUAAGAAAAGUGUGCACAAGUUAGGAUGAAGGACGUGUUGCUAUUGAAUCGUUAUUUUCUUUUCGAACACGAAUGUGUGAAGAAACAAUUUUGAGUGAAUGGGAACUUAAGAUUAUCAGAAAAAAAUCUCUGGAAGCACAAUGUCCAGUUCAUGUCUCUGCUGCUUCUAGCAUGAGACUGACUUUGACACGAGGAUUGACAUUGAUGUGCCUGGUAGCUGGAGCCUUGUUGACAUGGUCUGUGCUUCGCAAUUCUCAUGCAACGAAGUUUACACAGACAUGUCACCAUCCAAAGGCCUUUCAAGAUGCUUUGCAUGAACUGGCUGACAGGACACAUCGCGUGCUCUCCUCUCUUGGGUUGACCCACUUCUUGUGCUACGGAGCAUUGUGGGGACAAAUCCGAUUGUCAAGAACUCUACCUUGGGAAUCAGACGUGGAGUUCUGCCUUCUGAAUGAGGAACUUGCUCGGCGCGAUGAAGUGUUCCUGAUCCGUACUUUCAAGAAGUUUGGCUUGGAGCUCUCCUACGAGUCCAGUGAAGGCCAGUACAAGGUGACGGACACGAAGGUGCCGGGUGGUUAUGUGCAGCUCAUUGUCUUUGAGGAGGACCCUCUGAUUAAAGUGCUUCGCCGUGUUGGCUGGAAGCGCCGCAUGCUGCCUCCUGAUUGCGAAGCAAUGCCCUCCCUCCACUGCUUUCCACCUCAUCUGGCAGCCCGACCCCUCCCCGAGCGCGAGUUUGGGGGGUAUGUGAUGCCAGUGCCGCGGGAGGGCAUUGAGUUACAGAAGUACCACUACCAGGAUGACUGGUGGAAGGAGAUUACACCGAAAAACUGCUAAACCCUAUUAUUCCAAGUUUCAAAUCCUUAACUUAAGCCUGAUAAAUGCAUGGAUUUUUAUCUGCUAUCUGAUGCAGAUGUUUUGCUAUUUGAGCACUUACAUACUCACUGAUUGGAAAUUAGAAUGGGUGAGUUCAUUAUCCCAAAAUAAGUUUCUUGCAUUUUAUCUUUUAUUGCACCCAGUUCAGAAAUUUUGAAUCUAUUAAUAAUUAGUAGUUAGUAUUAUGCAAUGAUGUUGCAAUCAGCGCAUCUGCAGCUAGCUCAAGUAUAUUUAAAUUAUAAUCCCCUUUUACUUGGGAAUAUUAGCAUAAAUUCAAAUUAAGUAGGAUACUUUGCUUUAUGGUAUAUAGAGCCAGCUAGUCAACAGCACUUUGUUUGCUGGGUUCAAACUCAUUUUGAGAUAAAUUGGUGCUUUUCUUUCUUUUGGAAAGUUUAGGGUAAGUAGUCAUAAAGUGAUUGAAAACGUUACUAUUAAAUGUACACUCUAAUAUCUACUAUAAUGUAUGCUAAGCUAAUGUUAUUAAUGGACGAACAAGGCUGUGAACAUAACCAUAGUUCAGCUUAGUUCAUCUAUUGAUCAGAGUCAAACUGGCUUGGAGAUGCUAUCCCAAAUGAGGGAAAAAGGAUGAAGAAUGAAAGUAGCUUGCAAGUUUAGCGUUGCUGAUUUUGUGGGUAGUUAUAUGGAAUUCUAACUCUCAAUUAUGAAAGAAUUAUAUAACCAAUUUCUUUCAUUAGAUGUAAUGUGUUUCUUUAGCUGCUGCACUAUUCUUAAAUAGAUAAAUGUUGCUAAUAACCAAAUAUAAUGUACUACGUGUGUGUGUGUGGAAAAUAUAUUGUAAAUAGUUUGCAAUUUUAGCAUUACUAAGCAAUUAGUGCACAAGGGCAUUGAUUAUGGUAAGCUAUAACAUAAAGGGUUUGCCGAGUAAGAUAACAACGUUGGAACAGUAUGAUUCAAAUACUGAUGUUUGAUAUGUCUAUGUGCAGCCAAGAUGGUCCUUCUCCAACGGACAAUGGCUUGAAGUAAAGGCGGAAUUCUUUAUCAGUAUUGCACAGUAUUGUAUUAUCUGCACAAUAGCAGGGUCCCUGGCUUUUCUUUUGACAGUUUCGUGAAAAAAUCGUUUCAUAAUAACACCUUACAGUUCCAUGGAAAGUGUCAUUCCUUCAUUAAACCCUUAUGGUAUCUAUAUAUUAAUAAUAAUUACAAUACUAAUCAUCAUGUAGCGCUGUAGGAGUCUGGAAUGGGAUUUAUAUCCUUUCGACAUGGAGUCGAGGUGUCUGCCUGUACUGCAGUGUUUCCUCUUGGGCCUGGUAUGGAAGUGCUGCAGGAGGCCACACUGACGUUCUGUGUCCCAAUACUCUGAGAAGCUUUAAGAAUAUUUAAUGUAAAUACAACUAUCAUCAUGUAGUGAAAUGUUAUAAAACUAUGCAUUUAUUUCAAAUGAGUCCACAAAGCCAAUGGAGAGUUUGAAUUAAAAGCAUUGAUGUCAUGGGAUUUUUAGGAAUCUAGUAAAUAAUGCCACUUACAAAACGCUUCUUUAUUUCUCAACUUUCUUAUCAGAAUUCCAAUCCUUAAUCCUAUCUUCCUACGAAAGUAAGCAAAGAAGUUAUGUUUCUCAAUGUAGACAUUUAUUUCUGAGAGUUCAACAUCAAACAUACAAAUGAUCAUGAUCUGAAUUUAAUAACUUCUCAAUAUGUUGUGCAUUCCUUUCUGGUAAAUUAAGAUGUAAAAAAAGAUAUCUAGAAAUUAUUAUGAAAGUUUGCCUCAACUGAAGAUUUAUCUAUGUUUUCCACUUCGAAAGGUAACUUAUUGAAUGAACAAGUUCAGUAUUGCAGGUCCAGAUAGCUGUAGCAGGUUCAAAUCCUGCCCAUGGUAUAUUUGAGUGGGUUUGUAUUUUGUUACCGUUUUCCACCCAUGUUACUUACAGUGGUUGCUUAGUAGUUGAAAAGCAACCUUAAAUAAAUGAAAAAAAAGUUCAGUGUUAUUAUUUAUUGUAGAACGUGAUUUUUCAGAGAGAUGUCACA